AUGGUCCAUCCGCAUCGCUACCCAGAGGAGUUGCUCACUGUGGGCGGGCAGCGGUUCGAAUCUUUCGCGGCCGCGUACCAAUACUGCCGACAGCAGCACCAUUCCCAUGAGGACGACCAUUACGGAGAGCCAGGAGCAAAGGAACUGAGGGCAGAGGACGAUCAGUUUGAGCUGGAGGAGCAUGUGGAUCCCGUUGUGGAAGAAGAUUGGCAUGAACUCGCCCGCAUGCUGCCGGAUCAUCCGCUGGGGGAAGAGGACAUCGACAUACUCGGCCGCCGAGAUCUCGAUGUGAAUUAUGAUUGGACUCCCCACGUUGGACGGUAUACCGACAGUGGCAUUCUGACCGGCGACUACUGGAAGCAGCGCAAAGCGGAGAACCCCAUGUCCCUUGAGGUGGAUGAUCAACCCUUGGAUGCUCGCGAUUCCCUAAAUCCGGAGCAGCGUCUAGUGUACGACACGGUCAUGGACCACUUUCUGACCCAGCACGCUUCCCAGCUGCUGCUCACGCAGAUGGCGGAGGCGGCACCGGCAAGUCAUACCUCAUUAACAUACUCUCCGCCCACCUCGAAGCCGCCGCAGGCGGAGAACGCCUGUUUGGCGUGCCGCUCCACAGGCGUUGCGGGAAAUCAGAUUUCGGGCACUACCUUGCACUCCCUGUUGCAUCUCCCAAUCAACAAAGACUUCAAGCCCCUGUUAGCGAUUGACAAGGCUCAGCUCCAGAAGAAGCUGAAGGAUGUCAAGUACCUGAUCAUUGAUGAGAAGAGCAUGCUAGGACUGCGUCAACUAUCAUGGAUCGAUGACCGUCUCCGCGAGGCGUUCCCGAAUCGGAAUGAGGAAUUCUUUGGCGGCCUGAAUAUCCUGUUGGUUGGCGACUUCUUUCAACUUCCCCCAGUGCUGCAGAAGCCGCUUUAUUACGACAAGGAAGUGCAGGGAGUAGAGAUCAAGGGCCGGAACGCAUAUCGGCGCUUCGACAAGACGGUCUUCUUAAAUGUUGUCCAGCGUCAGCGUGGUGACGACCAGGAGGCAUUUCGCACGGCCCUCGGGGAAUUGCGACUGCACCAACGAUCCAGGGAGUCCUGGAAGCUCCUCUCCAGUCGUGUACAGGCGAAGCUAGACGAUCGGGAGGUUGCCAAGUUCGACAACGCCUUACGGGUGUACGCCACGAAAGACAGGGUCAACGAGUUCAACCACUACCACCUCGACCGCCUCGGCCGGCCUGUCAUCCAGGUAAUGGCCAAAAACGUAGGCCCUGGCGCCGCGGCAGCGCCUGAUGACAAGCCAGUUGGCCUCUGCAACGGCGCUCGUGGCACAGUUUACGAUAUCGGCUGGGCACCUGGGGUCGACCCCAUCCAAGACCCUCCCUGCGUUAUCAUGAUGGAGUUUGACAAAUACAGCGGACCGGUAUUCCUGACCACCCCUGAUGGCAGGAAGAUUUCACAAAGCAUCACCGAGGACAUGGUCGUUACAGAUCUGUCCUGCCGAGACUUCCAGACUGGUUUAAGCUACGUGGCCGUCUCACGCGUGAAGACGCUGCAGGGUCUGAUGCUGGAUGCGCCGUUUGACCGCAAUCACCUGACUUAUGCAUCUCCGCCCGAGGGCAUCAAAAUGAAGAUGAGGGAUCAGCAGAUCCGCAGACGACAGGUUCUUACUCGGAACCCCUACAAGACAUACCACGGGCCAACGUUCUCGCGAAGGAGAGAGUAA